UUUAGAAACCGUAAUUCACUCUCCCUCUUAGACCAUCACCAGUCCUUAUAGACGUUUUUUUUGCAGUGUAGUACCAAAAUUGCAAGUCCUGCUUCUUGUUACACUUUCUAUAUAGAAGUUUUUUACACCCUUGUGAACAAAAAUGUUUGUAAGACUAUGAGAUUUGUAACUUUGUAUAGAUUUUCUAGUUAACAUUCGCAAGAUUUUUUUCACCACAAAUUCAUUCAUUUUUGUGACCGUCGGAUGUAGAUCCAACCGUCUGCCUUCAUCUGGCUCGACCUUAUACAAGUCGUUGUCUUCCACAAGCAGAUCGAUCUACUCCAGUCCCAAUCCACUACAUGGCCUCCUGUUGACGAUAUACCCUAAGCUAAAGGAAGGACUUGAAGGCCGUAUACAUCUCAUGCUAGCAGGAGCAGCACCUUUGCCAAGGCAAAUCGAAGAGUUCAUGCGGGUAACCAGCUGCAGUGUCUUUGUACAAGGAUAUGACACGCCCCGGGGUGAGAUCUGCUUGAGGGACCACACCUUGUUCUCUGGGUACUACAAGCGCCCUGACCUCACUGAAGAAGUGUUCUCAGAUGGCUGGUUCCAUACAGGUGAUAUUGGAGUGUGGCAACCCGAUGGGACGAUGAAGAUCAUCGACAGAAAGAAGAACAUCUUCAAGCUAUCCCAGGGAGAGUAUGUAGCAGUUGCGGUCCUGGAAAGCGCAUACACACAGUCCCGUCUCGUCGCAUCGGUUUGGGUCUAUGGGAACAGCUUCGAGUCAUUCCUUGUUGCUGUGGUUGUCCCUGAGAGGCAAGCUCUUGAGGAAUGGGCGGCAGCAAACAAGAAGCCCGGUGACUUUGCAGAGCUGUGCAAUGAUCCGAAAGCAAGAGCGUACAUUCAGGAUGAGCUGAACAAAACUGGAAAGAAACUCGGGUUGAGAGGCUUUGAGAUGCUGAAGGCAGUUCACCUAGAGCCGGUACCAUUCAGCAUAGAGAAGAACCUGAUCACACCAACUUUUAAGCUCAAGAGACCCCAGCUGCUCAAAUAUUACAAGGAUCGCAUUGAUCAGCUGUACAAGGAUGCCAAGGAGGGAAGAACUACAGUGUGAAAUAAUAUCAGCAAGUGGUUAUGAGCAUUGUGAUUCUUCAGAAGCGUGUACAUAUCAAUAAUACGAUUCAAGAGUUAACGCCUUUUUGUGGCAUGUUUCGAGGUGUAAGAACAGAGAGUUACUUGGCUAAGGAGCUGUGUGAUAGCUCAUACUGCUGUAAAUUUACUCCC